ACAAUACACUGCCAGCGAUAUUACAAAGGCGGCUGCUCUGUUUAUUACUGCCCCUUCAUUCAUCAACUCUCUGAACGAAGAUAUCCGAGAGCUUAUAGACUUCCUUUUACUGCAGGGAUCGCUAGUACCGUUUCAGCAGGGAGGCCGGUGCGAGCGUUCGAGUACAUCUACGCGAUAUCUAAAGAACAGCAGCAGCAGCAGCAGCAGCAGCAGCAGCAGCAGCAGCAGCACGAGCACUAGCAGCAGCAGCAGCAAUGACAGGAAGCAGAAGAGCAGCAAGAAAGAUAGUGCAGGUUGUAUCUCAAACACACCUGCAGCUGCUAAUGCUUUAGAUGAAGAGCUGCGCAGACACCCCAAAGGGGGCGACAGCAAACGACAACGGAAGCAAAAUCAUGUGCAGGCCACCACAAGCAAAAGCAGACAAGGCAGUGGAGAAAGUGCGAACACAGCAGCAACAGAACCUCAUGAGACACCCCGGAGCAGCAAAACAAAUACGCCUCGAUCGAGCCCACAGCAGCAGCAGCAGCAGCAGCAGCAGCAACAGCAGCAACAACAGGAGCAGGAGCAGGUGCAUCUGCAGCUGCAGUGGGUAGCGGAGCAGCAGACCGAUGAGCCUCCGUUCCUGCUUCCGCAGCAGCAGCACGCCGAGAUGCAGCAGCAGCAGCAGCAGCAGCAGGAUGAGUACAGAGGUCUAAAGAAGCUUGAUCUUUUAAUGACUCCUGAGUUGAUGUGUUCUUUGAAGACCCCAGCGAGCACCUGCGACAGCGACAGCACGCAGCCUGAGGAGGAUUCUGCUGCUGCUGCUGCUGCUGCUGCUGCUGCUGCAGCAACAGACGGAGAUGGAAACGAACAGCUGCUUGGUCCUGCAGGUGUGGGGUUUGUGCUGUCUCCUGCAAGCAUACGUCAACUGUCUCCUUCAGGUUUUGUGCUGCCUGUACACCCCAAAGUCGUGCAGGAUACACCUCCAUUCGGGUCCCUUCUAUCUCCCCCUCUAAGUCCUGUCGCUUCACAUCUUUUUCCUGAUCUAUUUCAUUCUUCACAGCAAGUGGGGGGGAGCUCCCCAGGGGAGGGGCUCCUUGGGGGCCCCCUUGGGGGGCCCCUUGGGGGCCCCCUAGAGGGACCCCUAGAGGGGGGGCCCCUUGGGGGGCCCCUUGGGGGGCCCCUUGAGGGGCCCCUGGGGGGACCCCUAGAGGGGGCCCUUGGGGGACCCCUGGAGGGGGCCCUGGGGGGGCCCCUGGAGGGACCCCUGGGGGGCCCCUCACGGGGAAGGGCCCCAGGGGCCCCCCUUAACGCCUCCGGCGACUUACAACAUUUUGCUUCUGCAUGCGAGGCCUCUGAGGUGUCUCCUGAUGGGGAGCCCAAUGGGGCUGCAUGCGGGAGCAACAGCCCCACCGAUGUUUCUUCCUUUGCCUUUUCUUCUUCUUCUUCUUCUUCUUCUGCUUCUUCUUCUUCUUCUUCUUCUUCUUCUUCUUCUGGUGGUGUGGGGUGUACAUACAGCUCUCCAGAUACUCCGCAGGAGCAGCAGCGGCAGGAGCAGCAGCAAGAAGAGCAGCAGGAGCAGGAGCAGCAACAGCAGCAGCAGGAGAAGCAGCAGCAACAGCAGGAAGAGAAGGAGGAGCAGCAGGAGCAGCAAGAUCUGUUGGAUGCUGCUGUCUCCUGUUUCUCUGUCUCUUCCGCUUUGUGUGCAUCAGGAGACAGGAGAAAGAAGCAGCAAAAAGCACUUCUUGCUGAUCUGAGUUGGUUUAUAACCCGCAUUUGCUGCGAGUGGAGGAACGGCACGGGAGCAGCAGCAGCAGCAGCAGCCGCAGCAGCAGCAGCAGCAGCAGGGGAAGGCAAUUUGAACUUUUUGUGGAGUCGAUCAGCCACGCUGUAUUCUACAGGAUACACUGGUGAUGCAGACAGCAGCAGCAGCAGCAGCAGCAGCAGCAGCAAACUCUUUCUUGCACAAUCGAAGCUGCAGCAGCAGCCUUGGUGCUUCAAAAGUGCUGCGCUGUCUGUACACUCCAAACCCCACAACCCCCUGAUCUGGGGCCCGGUGCCGCAUGCAGCACAUCUCUUGCAUGCAGAGCAGCAAAGGGAGGUGAAGAGACACCUGAAUCAGGGCUUAGGAGACACUCCGUCGCUUAACGCAGCCAGGGGUCUCUGA